AUGGCGCAUUUUCAUGGUGCUCCUUUAGCUCAACCGCCUGUGCUGGCUGCAGUUGCUGAACGCAGGGCACCCGGAUGCGUCGGAGUCGACUCCAAGAGUACAGCCAGCCGCCAGUGCCAGCGAGAGCACCAGCGCCACCAGAACCUGCACCAGCGUUCUCAGCGGGCCAAGUGGACAGGCGCUUUGCUGAGCACAAGUCUGGCGUGGCUUCACUCGAGACGGAGGUGCUUCCAGGACUCCAGGAAACGCCCUAAGCCCUUUCGCACAUGUGUAGCUGCUGCGCAGUAUGGAGACGAGUUCGUCGGUGACGCUGUGGAUACAGAAUUAGCUGAUUCUUUGCGGCAGAGAACAUUGGAGUCUCUGGACUUAGAUUUCGUCCUUGAGAAGCUGCAGGCCUUAUGUUAUACGCAGAUGGCAGCAGAGAUGGCCAUCGAUCCGCAGGCCCUGAUGGCGAACUCAGCCGAGGAAGCGAGGGCUUUGUACGCGACGGUGCUGGAGCUGACGCAGCUCGAGGACGCGGACCUGGACUUGGAGGAGAAGCUGGAUAUUUUGGACGAAGUGGAGCAGUGCACUCGCGGAGCGGUUCUAGAGACGCCCUCCCUUUGCAAGAUCUCCAGAUCGAUCGAGGCAUUGCUCCGACUUCGAAAUGGUCUGGAAGCCGCGAGCGUUCGCGGCGUUCACAUCCCGUCCCUGAUGGCCCUGUGUCAAGAAAUUGAGUUGCCAGAUAAACUUCUGGACGCCAUCCUGGAGGCCUUCGAUGAAGAACAAGAGCUGUCCUUGAAAAAGUUUCCAGAACUUGCACAGCUGCGUCAAAGAGUCAAGGAUCUCGAAGACUCUUGCACUCGCGUCAUGUCCGAGGUGACCACUAGUGGAAAAUUGAACGUCCAUCAAGGAACUGACACCGUGCUCUGCCGCUGCCAUUUUGGAACAAGUCAGUGUUCUGCAAACUACACAUCUUUUCCGCUGCGUCCCGUGCCCGAGGCACGGUUUGUCAAUUCUGCUCAUGUUCUUUCUUUCCGAGCUUGA